AUGGGGCUCCUUCAUUUUCCCGUCAUGCGGAAGAUACUGGGGCAGAUUCAAAGCCACACGCACUAUGUCAUUGUCUGCUCAAACGGCCAUAUGUACACCAAAUUCCUACCAGGAAAGGAGGGGUCCAUCUUCGCUGCGGUUCAGGCAGCGAGAAUGAAGGCAAGUAACAAGCCUUUGAUUGUUGUCAACAUGGUGGAUUCCGGGUUCUGCCAGAGCGAUCUCAUGUGA